CUAUAUGUGUUCAUAUGAGCAUCUAAGAUGAUACAACACUAUUUUGAGGACAUAAUAUGCCUCCAGUGGAGAGCUGAGAAGGCUGAGCACUCAAGCAAUCAGUCUACAGCCCAAACUCAGAUAAAAGCUAUGAAAUGAGGCCAGCAUGUCCCCAUUUUAAACCCAGCAAGGAUUUGCCAUGGUGUGCACGGGAUGAAAAGGCAGCUUUGAUGUCUACGCAGGCUUGAUUUAGUUUCCUUGUUCCUCUCCUCAGAGGAACCCAUUAUCUCGGCCAAAACCUGCAUACUAGACCUGAAAUUUCCCUCUGGUCUAUGACAUACAGCCACACAGAAUAACAGCUUGACAGUGUGAGACCUCGCAACACAAACAUGACAAUGAAAAUCCUCGAUGGAGCAAAACAAAAUGGCAUAGUAAUGCCCUUAGAAUCCACGGAGAGACCAGUGUGUUGACAAAGCCUCUCCCUCUGUCUAUUUUUCUCCCCUCUCGUCUCAUCUCUCUCCCUCUCUCUCUCUCUCUCUCUCUCCUGUUCCUCGCUCCCUCACGCUUUCACACCGAUGAACACGCUGAGUGAUGAUUGCUACAUGUGGGCAACAGUAGAUAUCUCUACACAAGAACAGAGCCACGCUAAAUCCAUUGGAUAAAGCAGCUUCUCCAGCCUGAAUCAAAGAGCUGUCGUCUACAACGCCAGUGAACUGUAAAGAAGAAGCACACCAGUUCGGUGGCACUGAGAAUAGCUCUCUCCUGAAGAGGACGCAAAAUUCCCACGCUCUGAUUGUAACCCAGCAGUCGGGUUGAAGUAACCGCGUGGCAUAUCAGCUCUUCGCUUGUUCCAACAGUACAGCUGACUUGACAAAACGGCAUUGCAAGGACAUUCAGGCCAUGAAAACUAGACUAGGUUGCCUGUCUAACAAAUCAGACUCAUGCAGCGAUUUUUCAGAAUUCCUGCCUCCUGCUCAGGAGAGAUCCACAAGAUACUUGAAGUUAUCUACAGAUGAAGUGACCAGAUGGGCUGAUUCAUUUGACACUCUGCUGUCCAAUAAGUAUGGUUUGGCAGCAUUUAGAACCUUCCUCAAAUCAGAGUUCAGUGAUGAAAACAUUGAGUUCUGGUUGGCUUGUGAGGACUAUAAAAAGAUCAAAUCCCCUGCUAAGAUGAUGUCUAAGGCCAAUAAGAUCUACAAGGAAUUUAUUGAAGUUCAUGCUCCCAGAGAGGUUAACAUAGACCACAGGACCAGAGAGGAAACCAAACAGAGGCUUCUGGAUCCAACUCCCAACAGUCUCAAUGAAGUCCAAGCUAAAGUGUACAGCCUCAUGGAGAAAGACUCCUAUCAUCGGUUUAUAAGAUCAAAGAUCUAUCAGGACUUACUGAACAGGACACAGAUAUACUGUCAGAGGAAAUCUGUUUAAAAGUGAAUGUCUAUUUGCUUGCCUGGUUAGAGGAUACUGAGGUAAUAAGCAGACUUUAAUUGUAAUAUAUAGCACAGUCUGUGUGCUUACAAAAUAAUUAGAUGAGAAUAAUUAAAUAAAAAAGGUCAAAAGACGAACUAGUUCCUUGCAUCUAAACUUUAACAUGACCCUGUACUGUGCUUCUUUGCCCAGUUCUAUUUGUAACAUGUGGCUAUAUUCUUUCCCUUCAAUUGUGAUAGAAUAGUUGAUGUUUCUUCUGAAUGCUGGCAAGCAUGUAAAUCAGUCUCUACAUGGGUAAUAUGUAAGAGUAGAGUAUGAUAAUUUAUUUUUCCUAUCUUCAAUGUAACUUGUGUACACAUUAGCACUGAUAUGAUUCGAUAAAAGAACUAAAGGCAUGCCUGCUGUUACUGCAUGCAGCCUCUGACUUCGCACAUUUCUCAUUGGUUCUUUUCCCUUAAAAUCUUCAAUCUAAAAAUACUUCAAUCCCACACACAAAUGCACACUGAAAAUAUAUAUUUUUUUUUAUUUUCUCUGAUGUGAUAUUUUUAUUGUAACGUUCAUGUUUAUUUUGUUGUUUAUUAAUUUAUUUAAGCUUAUUCUUUCACUUGUUGAUGCUCUGAUGGUUUACAAUGACAUGUUCUUGUGAUGAUACUAGAUCAAGUAAAGCAUGUCACUUUGAACAGUGUUGGUUUGUGUUUUUUGGCUCAAAAUAUAGGCUAAUAUGUGUUGUCUGUAUGAAUAUUUGUCAAGCUUCAUUCCACGUGUUGUCUGGCAAAUGUAAUAAUACAAAUUAAAUAUACAAACUGAUUUUAAAUCACUC